UUCUUUUUUUUCAUGAAGAAAAGAAGAAGAGAAAGAGGAAAAAAGACGAAAUAAUAUAUAAUAAUAGAAUAUUAUUUAUACUGUGAUAUAUAGCCAAGCAUUGUUUUGUGUGUCUGCAAAUCAGUAAUUGAGCAAAACGACGCAGCAGUGAACGAGACGACACAAGAACGACGAAACAAAGCCAAUUGCAAUAACAACAACAACACAGCAGAGACAGCAGCAAAGUCAGCAGCCAAAAAGUAAAAGAAGAGCAGCAUUCAUUAACAAUGCCACUGUUUGGUAAAUCACAGAAGACGCCAGUUGAAUUGGUAAAGUCGCUGAAGGAAGCAAUCAAUGCACUGGAGGCAGGCGAUCGCAAGGUGGAGAAGGCGCAGGAGGAUGUAAGCAAAAAUCUGGUGUCCAUCAAGAAUAUGCUGUACGGCAGCAGCGAUGCGGAGCCACCAGCGGAUUAUGUUGUCGCUCAGCUGUCGCAGGAGCUGUAUAACAGCAAUCUGCUGCUGUUGCUCAUACAGAAUCUGCAUCGCAUCGAUUUUGAGGGUAAAAAGCAUGUGGCACUCAUAUUCAACAAUGUGCUCCGUCGACAGAUCGGCACCCGAUCCCCCACAGUGGAAUACAUCUGCACGAAACCGGAGAUACUCUUCACACUGAUGGCCGGCUACGAGGAUGCACAUCCCGAGAUUGCCCUCAACUCGGGUACGAUGCUGCGCGAAUGCGCCCGCUACGAAGCGCUGGCAAAGAUCAUGCUGCAUUCGGAUGAGUUCUUCAAGUUCUUCCGUUACGUGGAAGUGUCCACGUUCGACAUUGCCUCGGAUGCCUUCUCCACCUUCAAGGAGCUACUGACACGCCAUAAGCUGUUGUGUGCCGAAUUCCUCGACGCCAACUAUGACAAGUUCUUUUCGCAGCAUUAUCAGCGUCUGUUGAACUCCGAGAACUAUGUGACCCGACGUCAGAGUCUGAAAUUAUUGGGCGAACUGUUGCUGGACAGGCAUAACUUUACCGUAAUGACACGAUAUAUAUCAGAGCCGGAGAACCUGAAGCUAAUGAUGAACAUGCUUAAGGAACGUUCACGUAACAUUCAAUUCGAGGCGUUUCAUGUCUUCAAAGUGUUUGUGGCGAAUCCAAAUAAACCGAAACCCAUUCUGGACAUCCUGCUGCGCAAUCAAACGAAACUGGUCGAUUUCUUGACCAGCUUCCACACGGAUCGAUCCGAGGAUGAGCAGUUCAACGAUGAGAAGGCCUAUCUGAUUAAGCAGAUAAGGGAGCUGAAACCGCUGCCCGAGGCUUAGUGGGCGGCGGCAGCAGAAACAGCA